AUGGAAGACAACAACAAUCAAAACACUGAUCAAUUAAAUCAAAACGCAAACCAAAUCUUUGAUGCUUGGGAACAAUCCUCCUAUGCAAGAUCAGAUGAGGAACGUAAGAACUUGGCAAGACGCGCUAGUGAUAUUCAUAAACAGACAACUGGCCACCCUUUGAAAUAUGAUGAACAUGAUGUUUUUGUAUAA